AUGUCAACUCCAGAAGUAGUUGAUAGUGCCCAAAAGAAGGCCCCAUUAACGGAGGUCGUCGUUGAAUCCGAUAUCGAAUCAUUAAACUAUAGUUCUAAUAAUGAAGAAGAAAAGGAUUACUUCUUUCACGAAAAUAGACUUUCGUCCGCUUUGAAGUCAAGACAUAUUGCUAUGAUCACCUUAGUCGGUGUCUUUGGUACUGGUUUGUUCUUAUCUUCUUCUGUCUCUCUUUCCACUGCUGGUCCAGUAGGAAUGUUAUUAGCUUAUAUUAUGGUUGGUUUAGUUGUUGGUGCUAAUCAAAUGUGUAUUACUGAAGUUGCUUGUUUCAUGCCAGUUACCUCUGGUUAUGUUAAACAUUCGGAACAUUUCAUUGAUGAAGCUGUUGGUUUCACUAUGGGUUGGUGUGAUAUCUAUUCAUCCCUUAUUCCAAAUGAACUUUCUGCUGUCGCUGUCGUUAUGUCUUUCUGGUCCGAUUUAAGUCCUGCUAUUUGGAUUACUGUUUUUGGUUUAGUUGUUGUUUUAGUUAACAUUUAUAACAUUAAAUGGUAUGGUGAAAUUGAAUUUUUCUUUGGUUGUUUAAAGAUCUUGUUAGUAGUUGGUUUGAUCUUAACUGGUUUAAUCAUUGAUUUAGGUGGUGUUCCAGGUCAAAAAAGAUUAGGUUUCCAUUACUGGAGAGAUCCAGGUCCAUUUGCUGAAAAAUAUACCACUGGUUCCUUAGGUAAAUUUGCUGGUUUCUGGAAAUGUGUCUCAUCUGUUGUUUAUGCUUAUGGUGGUACACAAGCCAUCUCCAUGUUAGCAGGUGAAACUGAGUACCCAAGAAGAGCUAUUUUCAGAGCCGCUAAAAGAGUCUUCUACAGAGUCUUCACUAUGUACCUCGCUACUGUCUUCAUCUUAACUUUGAUAGUUGCUCACAAUGAUCCAGCUAUUGCUACUCCAAACGGUACUGCUUCCGGUUCUCCAUUCGUUAUUGCUAUGGAAAGAGCUGGUAUUAAGGUUUUGCCACAUAUCAUUAACGCUGUUGUCUUAACCUCAGCUUUAUCUGCUGCCAAUUUACAAAUUGUUAAAGCUUCGAGAACUUUAUUCGCACUUGCAACUAAAAAGCAAGCUCCAGCAUUUUUCUUAAGAGUUAACAGAAAUGGGUUACCUUGGAUUGCAGUUGGUUUUGCUUGUUUAUUCGUUCCGUUAUGUUAUAUGUCAGUCAGUUCUUCAGCUUCUACUGUGUUCUCUUGGUUACAAAAUGUUACCAGUUCAAAUAUCUUAUUUAACUGGAUUAUUAUCUCUAUUAAUCACAUUUAUAUGACUAAAGCUUUGAAAGCUCAAGGUUAUACUAGGAAAGAUUUACCAUAUAAAUUUUACGGUACUGAGUACGCUGCUUGGUUUUCAUUGUUCUUUGCUGUUUUAUUCUUAUUGACUGGUGGUUUCCCUAACUUUAUUCAUGGAAACUUUGAAUUCUCAAGUUUUUUCACUUCAUACUUUAUUAUUCCAUUAAGUAUUAUCUUAUAUGCUUUCUGGAAACUUGUCAUGAAGAGUAAAUAUAUUAAACCUGAAGAUGUUGAUUUAAAGAGUCUUUUUGCUGAUAUUCAAAAUAAACCAGAACCAGAGUAUCCAAAAUUAAAGGGAUGGCAAUUAGUUACUUUACUUUGGGCUUAG